AUGGCACAGAAGAAAUCUCCACACCUCCUCCACAUGCUCCUCCACUGUCUCCCCCUCCUCGCCCUCACAACCGCAUCUCCAUCUCCAUCUCCCAACACCGCCACCAACACCGCCACCAACACCGCGACAUGCACAAACAUCCUCUCCAACCCGUCCUUCGAAUCCGGAACCCUAACCCCCUGGCUCUCGCUCGCCAGCGGCUCCUUCUCCACCCGCGGCAUCUCGACCGCAUCUCCAGGUGGGCACACGGGAUCCGCACGCUACACGGCGCACUGCAACGGGAGCGCCGACAUCCAAUCCGCACUAGCGGUGUCGCAGUCGUAUCUUGAGAUUGCGGCGGGCGCGACGGCCGGGUGCUCGGCGUGGAUUAAGAGUCGGCGGGCGAGCGGGGAGACGCGGGUAGAGCUUUUUUUGGAUGCUGAGAGUUGUGCGGGCCCGGUUUGGGUGGGCGAGACGGAUGGAUGGGUGAGGGUGGGAGGGGGUGAGGGCGCGAAGAAGGUGAGGGUUGGGGAGGGUGCUGGGGAGGGAGUUGGGCAUACGGUUGUGGUUAGUGUGGUUGGGAAAGGGGUGACGGAUGGGGGGUGGAGUGUGGAGAUUGAUGAUGUUGGGGUUGAGAUUGGGUGUUGAGAGAGUAGGAAGAGGCGGGAGGUGGAAGAGAUGAGAAGGGGGAUAGAGUAGAGUUGGGGAGUAAUUAAUAGAGACGGUAGGGCUAUGAAUUCUCACCAUCAAUCAAAUUC